CUGAACGCGUGGACAUAGGAAUAUCUGGACCUCUAUUCUUGAAAUUUUUGCGUAUACGUAAUUUUCAUUGCGCAGCUAUUUUAUAGUAUGAUUAAACCUGAGCCGUAAAACUUAUGUAUACGCAACUAUUUCAAGAAUAAGGGCCCUGGAUGGAGCGUAUUUCGCGGCGAGUGAACUCACAGGAUUCUGAAAUGCACAUCGGGAUCUCGUCACUCUCGGGAUUACCAAUUAUCUCCUGUGUCGAUUACAACGACGAGUGGUUUCACGCUCGCUUCUGAGAAAAAUUCCUUAUUCAUCGGUAGCUCCUGCAUAUAUGCAAGUGCCGCGGCGAACGGCGACGUUACGAGCCUAUACAAGAUGUCCAGGUGUGGGACUCGACAUUUUUCCACGGAGGAGACACUGAUUCCAAGUUCACCGAGGGACCCUCCACCCGCGCCAGAUAAUGCGCUUCCACGACACCGUGUAUAGGCGCGUUGGGAGGGACUCACCUGUUUCACAACCUGCGUGACGUAUGCUGGCUGAGGCACGUCACGUGACCCGCUCCGGUCGUAGUAGGUGUAGCGUAGCGUCUACGCGCUACCAGUGUGCACCAUGGCGAUCGCGCGUUUAGUGGCUGUAGUGCCUCUGUAAGGAACGGCGACAUAAGGCAAAGAGCAGAGGCCGCGUCCUCGCGACGGCAAGCGCGCGCGCACGCACGCACGCACGCAAGCACGCACGCAUUCACGGACGCGAAACGUACGCGAAACCGCGCCCAAGUUCGACGACGAUCCAGAUGGAGGAGGUGAGCCCGAGCUCCCGCUACCCCGACGGUCGACGAUGCCGUCGCGUCGAGGGUCUCCCGACCGAGAGGAUCUAACGAGACGCGAUCGACGCUCCUGAUCGAUCAGCGUCGGUCGAGGAUGCUUCGUGGAGCAUAGCGCGGCAGCGAAUGUGAAUGAUCCAGUCGCUACGGACGACGACGACGCCGGGAAAUCGAGCGGGCGAAUAAUACGAGGAGAGUCGCAGCGGAGCGAGAAACGCUCGGCCGUUGGAGUGUUGUUCCGCGAGGAAUUCGAGCGAGCGCGGGUAACGGGCGUCGCGGUCCCUCGCGCGUGAAAGAGCGCCUCGACCACCGCGAAUGAGACGGCGGAAGGUUAACGCUCGAAUUCGAACCUGCGACGCGCGGCUCGAAUAGUAUUGAGCCUUCGGACAGUUCGCCACGUCACGAAGACGCGGCUAAUCAUCACAUGCUUAAUCGUCGCCCGAAGCUCUUACCUAAGCUUGUGCUCAGUGAAAGUAUCAUAUUUAGCGCGACCCGGCUGACGCACGCGGAUCGAGUCGACGGAUGACGCGUCCGAGAAUCGACGACUGCCGAUAAACGGAUGAUUCUCGAAAGCGAAGGCCUCUUCCUCCUCCUCUUCUCCGUCUCUUCUUCCUCUUCAGCGUCGCGUAGACAGUGCACGACGAGUCGCUCUAUUUGCGCGAGUGUCGCGUGCACGCUCGAUAUAACGUAGUGCAACGAAUUCAUCUCGGAGAAGACAGUGAUCGAAGCAGCGCGUCUCGCAAGUGUCAAAGACGCGCACCAGCCGUCGCGAGUCGCGGCUGUAAACGUGCUUCUCCAUUCGUGGAACGCUCCUCGUUCUCUUGGUAUAUUGAGUUUUCCUAGUGUAAUAUACUGGUGUGAGUCAGAUACUACUACUACUGCUACUACCACACUACCACUACUACUAUAAUCACAGUGAGUUCUGCUUGAUCAUCGAUGAAUUCAGUGAUUCAGUGACAAUACACGUGUGCAGACAGAUGACUCGAACAGCCUGACGUCGAGAUGCGCUGGGUACACGUUUCGUUGGCGGUGCUGGCCGCGCUCCUGGCCGGAGCCGAGCCGAUCAACAGGUACAGACAACAGACCGAGCAGCAGACGUCGAUCUAUUACACGGAGCCGACGAUGUUAAUUAACACCAGCGGCCGCACCACGGACUACAACGGCAACGGCGUGACUCUGACCGAGUUGCACGGCGGCCGCAUUGUCCGUGGUCAAAGGUUACUGCAGAGGUCGAAAAGUCCUUACUUGCUGCGCGAGGACUUAUACGUCGAGAGCGACGGCGAGCUUGUUCUCGAACCCGGAGUGGAAGUCCGCUUCGGGCCGAUGGUCGGCAUCACCGUCCGCGGCAUCGUAACUGCCAAGGGUGAAGCAAACGCGCCGAUUCUCUUGACCACAGCAGAUGUGCAGACACAAAUGCAGAUCAUUCAGCCGACACCUUCAAUACGACUAGUCGACGGGCCGAGUCCGUUAACGGGAAGACUGCAGCUCCUUCAUCAAGGCACAUGGCGUUCCGUUUGCACGAACUCGCGAAAUUGGACUCGCGCGGAUUUGGAGACAGCUUGUCGGCAGCUCGGCUACCAAGGUGGACAAUGGUGGUCAUGGAUCGACAGGCAAUGGCCGGCUAGAUCGCGUCUUCUCCUCGAAGAACCAGGCUGCCGCGGCACCGAGCCUUCGAUGGCGACAUGCGAAGGAUGGUUGGACAAACAGUUAGGUGGAGGUGUAUGCGAUUACCAUCCGGACAUGGGUAUCUCAUGCUUACCACACCAUGACGGUGCGACCAGGGCAAUCAAGCAUUGGCGAGGAAUACGAUUCGAGAACGCCAUGCACAGCAGAUCGCUAAUCCAAGGGAACACGCUCUACGUACGUCAAUCCAAGUCCAUUCUGCGGCACACGAUAAUUGAAUACGCCGGGACUGGAAGGGAGUACAACGUAACGUCGGCGAUACACGUGGAAGGCGUACCACCCAGAAUGGAAUUCAUCUCCGUUCUGCAUUCCGCCUUCAAUGGCAUAAACGUUACUAUGCCGGAUGCUCCAGUGGUAAUAAACAAUUGUACUGUGCAGUAUAACAAAGGAUACGGAAUUUAUGUGAAUAGUUCAUCCGGCAUGACUUACAUCGGCGACUGUACGGUACUCGAUAACGGCGCCGACGGCAUCAAGUACGUGCACUCGGAUGAGCGGCCAGACGACAAGCUGGAUCGAACGGGCGUGUACGAUCUGUGUACAUUCCCUUCGACGGCCAGUCAAACCUUCCCCGUCACCAUAUCCAUGGAGCAAAACAAAUACGCGCCGAACGUGAAACAGUGCUCGCAAAUUCUCUUCACGAGUUACGGCCAGGUUCAGACGCUGCAUUUUCUGCAAAUGAGAACCGACAGAAACGACAGUGCUAUCGUAGAGGUAUACGACGAUUCUAACGGCGCGAAGAGGCUCUUGGCCAGCGUCAAAGUCAGGAACGGGACGUUACCGCAGAGCGUGACUUCGUCACGGCAAAAUCUCUUUCUAAAGUUCACGGCUGAGCCGCGAACGAGUACUAUUGUUUUCGUGCGCGUGACGUCGGGCUACGAGAAAAUGUACGAUCUCAACGUGACCGGCAGCACGGUAGCGGUCAACAACGGUCGCGGUAUUAUCGUGGAGAAACUACGAUCCGCCUUGCACAUCCAUGAGACCUCAGUGUCGGAUAACCAGCACGCGGCUGGCGUACACGUGCUGGGUGGCGCUAUGGAUGUCAACAUCACCGGCAGCCGUAUCUCGUUCAAUCAAGGAGACGGCAUUAACAUCACAGUUACGGGCGGCAGUCGCAACGUGUCGCGCAGCAGCAUAUCGUCCAACCGUGGUUACGGUUUCGCGGUGUGGCUGAACGACAGUAUCGCUACCGAGUACGUGAAUUUCAAUCAGACCACUGUGAUUGAAUACUCGCAGAUCUUUCGAAAUAAAGACAUCGGUGUGUUGAUCGGCAAUUCAACCGGCAACUCGUACGUGAAUAUAACCGGCAAUUGGUUCAAUACUAGCCUGGAGACGGCGCUGCAAGUGGAAUCCAGUUGGAGGAAGGACAACGGACUGUUGAGACUACAGAUCGGACACAACUCGUUCAUCAGGAAUGUCAAGUUAGCGAUCAAAUUGUAUCCGGCGCUCAAUCUUCACGGCACCAUAGAGUACAAUCACUUUAAAGAACAAGCGGGCGGCGGGAUUCUCAUCAGGAAUCCGCUCUACGAAGAGUUCAAUAUCCUGCCCGCCGACGUCGUGAUUCGACACAACGAGUUCUACUAUAAUCGCGGCACUUUCGUAGUUAGCAUCGGCCUGUCGCCUUACAGCGACGUGCAGAGUCUGCUGUUCACGAGGAACUUCCUGCGAGACAAUCGCGUCCGUGAACUGUUCGACAACGAUGGUUUAACAUCGAGUGUCAAGUUGAUACCGCGCUCCAGGGUGGCCGCUGUCGUCGUUGUGUCUUCGAGCAAUGUCGAAGUCUUCCGUAAUAUCCUGCACAAUCAUGAGUCGCGUUACGAGAUCGGUUCCCAACUGGAGGAUCAGAGCAAGAUUAUUAAUUGCACUUACAACUGGUUGGGAUUCACCGACGAAAAGAAGAUAUUCGAUCGACUGUUUUAUAGGAAGGACAGAUACAAUCUCGCCAAGAUCGAGUAUCUGCCUUACUUGCUGCACAGCAGCAAUCCCGCCGCGAAUACCAUCAUCUCGAAUCCAACGUUCGUCCCGCAGUUCGUCACACCCGGCACAAAUCUCGUCGGCGGCGAGGUCGACGGCCAAGAGGAGCUGAGAGCCGGCGAGUACAUCGUCGAACGAGACAUCAACGUGAGACCAGGGGGUAAAUUGAUCUUGCAGCCGGGCGUCACAUUACGCUUCCCACCGGCUGUGGGUAUGAUGGUCGCCGGCAAGUUGGACGCGCGCGGUAAGGGGCCCAGCAAUAUCUUGUUCACUCUCAAGGAAGAGCUUGUUAUGGGACCGGCUAAUAAAACCGAGGAAGAGGAGUAUAUGAUGAGUCAAAUCGACGAAGUGGAGACUGUUCCAGUGCGGCUUCUUGGUGGCCAGACGAAUCUCGAAGGAAGAUUACAGAUAAAAAUUGGAAAUAAAUGGGGAACCGUGUGCAACUAUGGAUGGACGAUUGUGGACGCGGCGCUGGUUUGCCAUCAGUUAGGCUACAUCCUCGAUUCCGACAACUGGUUUAUGGAACGCUCGCAAAUCCCAAAUGCGGGGAUAAACGAAGAUAUACUUCUCAGCAAUGUGCAAUGCACCGAGUAUGACAACGACAUCACGAAGUGUCGGGCAGAGCAGCAGCAGGACUUUGAAAACUCAUGCACUCACACAAACGACGUCGGUGUCAGGUGUUUGCAGCCGGCAUGGGCAGGUCUCAGGUUGGGGCCGUUGGCUCAGAGAAGCGACCUGCAAUAUCUGACGAUCGAAAAGGCGGGCUUGCUGGAUUACAGAACGAACUCGUUCAAGCCAGCUCUGCAAAUUGAUUUCGCUCGACACUCUUUGGACGGUGUCAAGAUCGUUAACAAUCUGCAAGACGGCUUAGGAGUCUUAUACUCGGACAUCUACUCGGCGGACGCAAUAAACACCGUGAUGAACAGCGAGUUUUCGCAAAACGGCGGCAGCGGCGUCAGCUUCAAGCAGCUCGGCAUGCGGAUUAUCGGUUCGAAAAUCGAGAGCAACAAAGUCGCCGGAAUAAGGCAUAAUCCCGCGCUCUCGGCCGUGCAACAGAGAGAAUUCGCGGGUUGGUUCUUGCGUACGCCAGACACCACUGUCGACUCUCCGUACAAUCCUAUCUUUUUGCCGGAAUCGAACCGGAACAUCGAACUCGCCAACGGCGAAACCAAGUAUAUCGUAACAUCCAAAGUGGCUGGCGAGUCUAUCCGUCGUAUCAUCAAUAUUAAAUGCACUCCAGGCUACGUCAUUGGUAUCCAACUGCUAAAUCCGAUAGAAAAUCGAAGCACGGAACAGAUAACGCUGUACAACUCGCAGCUUCUCAACAAGAAUCAGAUUAAUUGGCACGUAAAGCGGGAUCUGGGCGUGUUCCCCGUCUCGUCCAGCUCCUUUGUGGUGAUCUUGCAGUACGAGAGCGGCGAGAACGCUAUCGGCGGAGUUGUCUUGGCCGUCACGUCGCUUUUAUCUCCAGUGCAGAAUAUUCCCAACAAAAUCGUCAGCGGUCCCAUACCUUCCCUGGUGGUAAUGAAGACGCGAAUUAAGAGCAACCAGAAAGGCGUGCUCGCGUUCUACUACAAUCGGUACCUGAACGAGAUCGGAGACCACUUCCUGCGGAAGGCCAACGAGACCAUUCAGCUGAUCGGAUGUGAGAUUUCGCACAAUCGCGAGGAGGCCGUUUACGUGUACUCGCCGUACUGGAAUAUCUAUCAGUCCAACAUGUCUGAGAUUUCCAUUCACAUUAACGACAGCCUGAUCACGGACAACGGCAAAGGGAUACAUCAGUUCAGCCGCGACGCCAGGCAUUCCAAUAAUCUCUUCCAUUGGAUAAUGCAGGACAGUACCGUCGAGAGAAAUCGCGGCGGUGGUUUCGAAGUGUUGCUACCGGACGUGUGGCAGUAUAACGAAAAUUUCACGCACUCGUUGUACUUCAGCAACAACACCUGGCGGAACAACGAGAACUUCGGCUUCGUGGUGGACGGCCACUUCGCGCACCUCAACAUCUCCCACAAUCGCUUCGACAGCAACCGUUGCAAGACCGGCCUGAUAUCCGUGCGCGGUAUGGAGAAGCGGAUCAGGAUCGACAAUAAUCGCAUCGACGGUAAUAGCGGCGCCUACAUGGUCGAGUUCCACGCGGACAGCCAGUCGGAGAUCCUCGGCGUCGUGGACGCGCGCUUUUACUACAACGAGAUCAAGCGGAACAGGUACGACGUCGUCGGCAUGGGGCCGCGUCGCACCUUCGAUGAUCCCAGCUACGUCGUCGGUUUCCACGGAAUACAGAAAGUGCGAAUCAACCGAAAUCUUUUCGGUGAAAACUCGUUGGAUUAUGAGUUACUCGCGGGUAUUAGGACAGCCAAAAUUAACAACGAAGUGGACGUCAUGGAAAAUUGGUGGGGCACGGCGGAUGACGCCGGUAUAAGACGGAGAAUCUUCGACUUCGACGAUUGGAACGACCACGCGGUGGCCAAUUACCGGCCGUACUUGACGAGUGACUCGUUGGAUUCGUCUAUCUCCGCAUCGUGGCAUAUUAAUCAAGAAAUCGACCUGAACAAUCUGGGUGGUCGCAUAGUCGAGAGUGUGUCGUUGCACGCGAGACCAGAACCAUACGUCGUACUUUCCGACAUCACGGUCAUGCCGGAAGCCACUCUGCACAUUUAUCCCGACGUCGUGAUGGAAUUCGCCCCCAACGUCGGUAUCCUGGUCCUGGGGACGCUGAAAGCCGUCGGCGUAUCCGGUCAUGAGAUCAUAAUGCGGCCAAUGAAGCGAGCGGCUGUGAACAACUCCACGUUCGCCAAUGCAGCGCCGUUUAGAAGUUCCGCUAAUCUAGCUAAUCUCGUUUCGAUGUCGAGAGAAAAGAUCCGUUUGUGCAAGUAUGGCCAGUGCUCCGCGUCGUACAACGAAGGCUUCUUGGAGUACUUCAACAAAACGACUCUGCAGUGGAUCCCCAUAUGCGAUGACCGAUUCACUGAGCGUAACGCUGAAGUUGUGUGCCGGCAUCUCGGCCACGACACCCUUAACGUCUACGUGUCGUACGAUCGCAGGUAUGAGCUCCAUCCUGGAUCGUUGACGCGGGUCUGGUCUUGGCCGGAACCAUUGCAGUGUUCCGGGAAAGAACAAGAUCUCGAGGAUUGUCAGAUCCGAUUGAACGGUCAGCUGUUCGGUCAUCGUCACGAGUGUCCGUGGGACGGACAUUUCGUCUUCUUGCAUUGCGGCGAGCGCAAUCUGGACGACGAACACGACUACUGGGGCGGAAUACGAAUCGCGAACAGCGAAUUCGAGCAUCAUCUGUACGAGCACCGUAUCCACGACGUCGUGACCCACGAGACCAUGAGACGCGUCGAAUCGACGCUCAAGUACAUCAACAUCACUGGUGCCGGAAUCCUGCACCUGGAGAAAUCGUCCGCCGUACAAUCGAUCGUGAAAUCUCCGGCGAUGGUGCACGUUAAUAUCGAUCGCAGCGCUUAUCAUGGCAUUAAUGUCAUAUCACCCACACACACGGUGGAAUUGUUAUUCAAUACGAUCAAUAAUGUUCUUGGCAACGGCGUGAACAUACUCUCUUUGACGGGAGAGGGCCGUGAGGCGGAUGAGAGCUCGUUCGUGCCGCUGAGGGACCUCAAUUUUCCAUAUCACUUGUUCAGCAUGGUCGAUAUAUGCGACACCGCGAAGGAGAUCACGAUCGAGGAGCGCGUGCUCGUUUAUUACAAGUACGACAAUUAUCCGGUGAACUGUGUGAAGAUCUUCCGCAGCUUCGACAGGUCUAAGCCAUUCGGGUUUAGAUUCUUGCAAUUUAAUCUUUACAACUCCACCGGGAAGCCGGGUCGCGCCGACGGCAUAACUCUGUACGACGGUGACAUCUACAAUAUCACUUCCAAGAAGAUAGGCCACUUGGAAAUCAACACUCCCGAUGAGAAGAAACAGUUCAGAACUCGAGAGCCAAGCCUCAGCGUGAGAUUCUUCGCUAACGGCGCCAGCAACACGCAUGGGUUCAUCGCGGAGAUUGUGACUCUUCCGAUAUCCGCUAUUGGUUUUAAUCGCGAUGUACAGCACAACGUCUCUUACUCUGUGAUAUCGAAUUGUCGCGAAGGCGCUGUGAAGUACGCGAACGCCGGCGAAGUGAAUGCCAUAAUGACGCUCGAGCGUAAUCAGUUCGUGAACAAUUGCAACAAGCUGUACGGCAACUUCUCCACGUGCAAAUCCGCGCUGUGGUUUGACGUCCAGAACACGCAGUUGCUUUAUUUUAGAAAUAAUUUGGUACAACGGAAUCAAGGCGGCCUAUCUAUUCGCGCCGAUUCCAGAGGCUCGGCCACGUCCCUCAAGGGAUGGAUUCAUAAUAAUCUUUUCACGGAGAACUUCAACAAGCCUGUAUUGUACAUCGAGGGUCGUCAGAGCAGUCCUUACCAAGAGGUGACUAUAUUCAGGAAUUAUUUCACCAAGAACAACGCUCCCUACGAGAAUAACAUCGUGCUGAAGCAAGUGGUCAGCAACAUGACGCUCAAUUACCUACACGGAAACCUCGGCAUGCACUUACUGGAAAUCUCUGGCUUCGAGAGAGUUCGUCUACCUAUUUACCAGAGCACGUCUCACAACGGCUUUUAUAAAAACUACGCGGUUGAUCGCGAAGGCCGUAGCACCGUAGUCGCCGGCACACCUGGGCAACAAUACGUUGACAACGUGUUCUUUAAUCCCGACAACGAUUAUGAGAUGCUCACGACGAACAGAUCUCAGCAGCUGGAGAUGUGGAGGUCUCACGUGGACGCGCGGCACAACUGGUGGGGAUAUAACGAGACCCUGGCGGUGGCGGGACGCAUCAGGGACCGCGGGGACUCACCCGAGCUGCUGCAGGUCGACUACCAACCUUUCCACAUGAACAACAAGUCGGUGCUGAGCGGCAAGUGUCCGCCCGCCUGGGAGCUCGUCGGCGACACAUGCUACAUACUGAUUGGAGCGCCGAUGGACUUCUACAGCGCGCGAGACUUUUGCAGAUCAGCGAACGCGUCGAUGCCGUUCAUCAUGAGGGAUUACCUGGAACUCUGGAGGUUCGCCCGCAAGCAGCAAGAACGGUUCGACUACUCGGAGCGUGUGUGGGUGCAGCAACUGGAUCGUUUGGAUCAGUGCACAGCAUACACGUACCAGAAUAUCGAGGUCGACCAUUGCGCGCAGCCCAAUCCGUUCAUUUGCGAAAUCGAUCCUAGAGUCAACAUCGAUCCGUUGUCAUGGAGGAAAGACAUCGUUGCGGUGGGUGUUCUGGGAGCUGUUGGUUUCUCGCUCGCACUUUUGACCAUGGCCAUCGCGCUGUGGGUGUCCAAGUCGAAGAAGCGCAAGCUGGAGAGACUGGAGCGACGCAACUCUAUCCGGCAAUCUUUGCACUCCCUGCGAUCGGUCGGUUCCACAACCGGCUUCACGGAACUUUCUUACAGACGAAAACCCAUCGCGACUAAACACUCCACGGACACGCUGAACUCUAAGUCCAUGGACUAUAGACGCAUGCUGAACGGCGGCAGUCUGGACUCAAUGGACAAGUCGCAGCUAAACUCCUCCAUCGAGGACACUCAGAGCUAUGACGUGUACGAGGCGCACAACCCGCGCUACUCGCCCAGCACUAGCGACUUCAAGGGCGCCGGCCAUCAUAAAUACGCCGCUACACAGAGCGUCGAUAAUCCAGUGUUCGAUUUGGCUUAUCGCAAUGAGGGCUUCCGUAAUCACUCCACUUUCGCCACGAGGAACGCGGCCGCCGCCGCCGCCGCCGCCGCGGACAACACCGAUUGGAGCUCGCAGCCGAACGUACAGUCGACCUCGCAGGACAGUCCCACGGCUAACAACGAGAGCUCGUCAUACCUCAACAACACUUCCACGCUGCCAUUGCACUCCAGUCUCGCGCUCACCGACUCUAUGAGCGAGCUGAAGCAGGACAUCGAGGCAUCAGCUGCGUACGAUCCCGUAGACUACGACCCGAGACGCACCUACGACACGGCCACGUUAACGCCCAGUCAGGCGUCGGAGCCGGUGCCGGAAUACCCGUCGGACUUCCAGCCGCCGAUACCGCCGCAUCCGUAUCACUAUGAGGACAACAGCAGGCCCAGGAGCGAGGCGCUCUUGGAGACCAACUUCGACACGAGCGAAGAGCGCCCAUUGCGCUCCAAGAGCGAAGCCCUCCUCGAGACCAAUUUGGAUGCAUUUCUGAUCAAUGAGCCCACAGAACUCACGCAGUUGUCGGCGGGAGCGCGCAGCAAGAGUCAACCGUUGGAAACGGCAAUGUAAAGUCACUGCACGUCGACGAUGACGUACGGUACACAUUCGUUGGACCAGAGUUGUCCAUUGACUCGGCACCCACGUGUGCCAAAUCUACUUGCGUCCUCGUACAGACAAGCACUGCCAACUUAGAAAGAUUGCACAAUAAGAGACGUUCCACAGAAAACUACAGAAAGUCGUCACUUGAUAUUUCUCAGGCAACACGAAUAUCUAAAAUACAUCUCUGAAACAAGAUAUGUUUUACACGUCACUAAGACGUCUAUGUCUUUCAAACAUUUUUGUCUGUCUGGUUUGUCCCAAGUAAAAUGAUUUGAACUUAGAGUUUAACGUGAGCUUUUCAAUUGCAUUAUAUGAUAUAUUAUAUUUAUGACAAUGUAUGUAUGCUGGCCCUUAAGUUAGAAUUUUUACAUAUAAUACUUGUUUGAAUUUCAUCCUGUGACUAAAAUACUUAACACAAUCCUCUGUUUCAUUAUUAUUCAUUUCACACACUAUUUUGACAACUUCUGCCCUUUGGCAUUCAAAUUGUUUUACACAAGUAAAUAAAUUAAUACACUUAUUACAUUGCUAGAGAACUCAAUAAAAAUGAAGUGUGAAAAGUAUAUGCAAUACGAGCAAAUCUACAGACGCUAUGACGAGUCUGAGAAACUCACGUCUGAAUAUUUAACUCUGAACACAAAUCUAUCUUACCAGGGACAAAUUUCAAGCAACGACCAUUGAUACGCGCCUAAGAUGUCUUCGAAUAUCUUAUAGACAUUCAUCUUUCAGACAAUAAGACGUCUCGUUGAGAUUUCACGCUGCACGAACUUGCAUUAGUUUGCGAGUGCAAUUCGAAUUUCGUUAGGCAGUUCGUUAUUUAUUGUGACGACGUGCUACUUAAUUCCAAUUACGAUCGUUAGCAUAUUUAAUAGACUAUUAAUGACGACACCGUUGAUACGAGAUGAGUGAUACAAUUAUUUCAGAUAAGCUUGUGAGUAUCCUCCAAGGACAUUCAAUCGUUAACGGCGUUCUUUUUGGAUACUAAUGUAUUACGAGGGAGGAAGUUUUCAAUUAUGAUUUUAUACUCGAUGUAAGAGAUUUGUAAGGAUUACGUUUGACUAAUUCUACUAUCGCGAAGCUGUGAGACUAGAGAGACCUCAUGUAUUCUUAAUCAGCACACUGUAUGUCCACAUUGUUCUUCGUCGAAUCAUUAGCGCUAUUUAAUGAUAAACAAGUCGCACUUGUAUCGGAUUGAUCGAAGAGUCCGUUGGUUUUUUUUUUCGCGGAAGAAAGAAACGAGUUUUCUUUCUCUCUUGUGUCAAUCCGAUGCUUCACGUUGACAACGUAAGAGGAGAGCUGGGAGUUACCAAAAGUGGCGAACUUAAUGCCGUGUUAUGCAACAAUGUACACUGCCAAGUGUGUCCAAUUUGAGUCUACUUCGGCCAAGCGAGACGUGCGUAACUCUCUCGCGAGUAUUGAUAGAUUGUUCAAUCGAUCGUUUCUUCUUCUUUAGGUAAUAAUACGAGAGCGGCCCGCUGAAUUGCCAGGGCGUACGCUCCUCUCGUUCACUCGACACUCGCGUUGUUCGCGAAUUCGAGCUUGCAAGUCCGAUAGAGAUACAUCCACUGAGCACACUGUGUCACGGUGAGAUCGAUUAAUACUGCUCGACGCGCAGUAGUGUGCGAGUGUUCUAGAUUUCGCGGAGAGGUAACUUCACUAAUCGAUAGACUUAAUUCGCUGCCUCCUUUAAGUAAGGUGAUCUCACCCGACUCGUCGUUGUCGAGAACAUUUUUAUAUACCUGCCUUUAUACAGAACAAAGUAUCCGUCCGUACCAUGUAAGUUUAGUAGCGAUAACAAUUGCCUUCUCGCGAGGCGCACGAUAAGUACAGGGUGUCCGGGCUGAAUUUUCGCUGUGGAAAAAUUUGCCGGGAUCUUCUUUCUUUUUCCUGCAGGACACGUGCGUACCUGGGACACCCUGCACGUGUAUGCGUGUGUGUAUGCAUGAUAUGUAGUACCUAUAGACGAACGUGAAAUUAUUUAUGGCGUAGAAUGUAGAUUUGACGAAUGCUUUCGCAGAUUACUUCUUACGAUAGCGUCGGAGCGAGGUUCCGACGAGCUUAACCACGGGAAGGAAAGAGUGUGUUAAGUCACAUUACGUUCUCUCUCAUAGGUACUCCGCGUGAAUGAAACAAUGAUAUCGUUGUAUGAUCACAAGGCUGCCUUAUGUACAUUUCAGAAAUAAAGCGAACAAAUCAUGUGAACCCAGGA